AACAACUUGAUCUGAAUGCUCUCCAAAGUAGCACAACAGAAGAACCUUGAGGGCUACGUGGGAUUCGCAAAUCUCCCCAACCAAGUGUACAGAAAGUCUGUGAAGAGGGGCUUCGAAUUCACUCUCAUGGUCGUUGGAGAAUCAGGUUUGGGGAAGUCUACACUCAUCAACUCCCUGUUCCUGACAGACUUGUAUUCUCCAGAGUAUCCCGGACCCUCUCACAGAAUCAAGAAAACCGUUCAGGUGGAGCAGUCCAAGGUACUGAUUAAAGAGGGUGGAGUUCAACUGCUGCUCACCAUUGUGGACACGCCAGGAUUCGGAGAUGCUGUGGAUAACAGUAACUGCUGGCAGCCCGUCAUCGAUCACAUCGACAGCAAGUUUGAGGAUUACCUAAAUGCAGAGUCACGCGUCAAUCGACGUCAGAUGCCCGACAGCCGAGUGCACUGCUGUCUCUACUUCAUCGCCCCCUCUGGUCAUGGACUGAAACCACUGGAUAUUGAGUUCAUGAAACGGUUACAUGAAAAAGUGAACAUCAUCCCACUCAUCGCCAAAGCAGACACACUGACUCCAGAGGAGUGCCAACAGUUCAAGAAGCAGAUAAUGAGAGAGAUCCAGGAACAUAAGAUCAAAAUCUAUGAGUUCCCGGAGACUGAUGACGAGGAAGAGAGCAAGCUAGUCAAGAAGAUUAAGGACCGUCUGCCGCUGGCUGUGGUGGGCAGUAACACCAUCAUCGAGGUCGAUGGGAAGCGUGUGAGGGGCAGGCAGUACCCCUGGGGCGUGGCAGAAGUGGAGAAUGGGGAGCACUGUGACUUCACAAUCCUUCGAAACAUGCUCAUCAGAACUCACAUGCAGGACCUGAAGGACGUGACCAACAACGUCCAUUAUGAGAACUAUCGCAGCAGGAAACUGGCCGCUGUCACUUACAACGGCGUCGACAACAACAAGGCCAAAGGCCAACUCACAAAAUCUGACACAGUUGAAGGCAUGAGCCCACUGGCACAGAUGGAGGAGGAGAGGAGAGAACAUGUGACGAAGAUGAAGAAGAUGGAGAUGGAGAUGGAGCAGGUGUUUGAGAUGAAGGUCAAGGAGAAGAUCCAGAAACUCAGAGACUCUGAGACAGAGCUGCAGCGGCGUCAUGAACAGAUGAAGAAGAACCUGGAGGCCCAGCAUAAGGAGCUGGAGGAGAAAAGACGUCAGUUCGAGGAGGAGAAGGUCAGCUGGGAGGCCCAACAACGCAUGCUGGAGCAGCAGAAACUGGACGCUUCCAGGACUUUGGAAAAGAACAAAAAGAAGAAGAUCUUUUAAACCACUUGGACCAUCACCACGUCCUAGUUGCCAAUUAAACCACCCGGGACCCUCAGUCAGUCUGUCGACCAAAACCAUCAAUUUAUAUAAAGCCCUGUGUUUUUUUUUGUUUGUUUUUUGUUUUUUUAUUUGAUUUGUUUUUUUCGAUGGGUCGCCGUGUCUCUGUGCGCCCCACUGACCUGGAAACACUUAACUCUGUCCACCCAUUAGUCUCUUUUUCCACAUUUACCAGACCAGACAGAAACUGAGAGCGCCAUGGAGCGCCUAAUCUUAAACAAAAUAAAACAUACAAACUUCUCAGAGAUAUGCAAUAUUGUUAGGAUUUUGAAUUUGUAAAGCGUCAAAUUCCCCUCCUGCACCGUGUGUUUGUUUAGUGUUUUUAGACCCGAGGUCACUUCCUCCUCCUCUCAAUAAAGGCUGAAUCUUACCUCAGGCAUUUAUGGCCUUUAAACAACGACCUUUUUGUGGCUUCUUCUUUUCCCCUUCCCGAAAUGUUAAGUUCUUCCAAUAUUUGCGUAAUUUAAAUUAUUUAGCCAUGGACCUUAGCCAUUCAUGAAAUGUGUUUUUCAAUUACUAUUAUUUUGUCAGUUUGUUUUUCAUAUAAAGUUCCAGUUCACUGUUUUAAGUGCUUGCACAUCUACACAUCCUUUAUGAAUGUCACAUGAUUUGUCCAUGGAUCGACAUUAUGCAAUAGAGGAUUCAUGGCACGUGAUGAGGUGUUUGUGAGGGAUUUGUUGAUGCUGGUGUGUUUCCUGCUCUUCCUCAUGUAAACUGAUUCAGGAACAGUGAGCUGGUGUUCUUGGCCAGUUGAUGUGUGUGUGUUUUCUCUAUAGGCACGAAUUCCCAUCUGAGCUGGCCUCCCCGAUACCACGCUUCGCUCUCGGUCAUGUACAACUGCAACUUUUUUAUUAUUUUGUUUCUCUUUGUUGUGCUUUUUCAUUUUUAUUGUACAAAGUCACAUAAUAAACUUGUGAUGAUUCCAUUUGAA